UGUCGGCAGCUUCAGCCUUCAGCUGUCUAAUCCGUUGGAUUUCCCUAUCGCCGCUUUCUGGGAGUUUAUUUGUUACAGAAAAACAGAUCAUUCGAUUUCCCAUUAAUUUCCAAUAGAUCCAAUAUCGUAAAAUGGCUCAAUUGGUCGUACAAUCUCGGUUUGCCGGUCUGAAGAUCGAGGAUGACGAUUACCCUCCCACCGAAAAUCAGAAGUCUAAAAAGUCGAAAGUGAACAACACUAAAAAGACUGAACCUCCAAAGAAACAAAAAAAUGUUACAAAUAAACCCCAGCCUGGACCAAAAAAGAAGAAGUCUAAACCACAACAAGUAUCUGCCGAUCAGUGGGAACUGUGGAAACAGAAGGAUGAAGAAAUGGUGGUUGGCCAUUUUGAGGAUGAACUACAGCAAGCUAUAUUACUAUCAAAGCUUGAUUUUGAAAAGGAGGAAGGAAGAGUAUACCUACAAACUAAGGAGAGUGCAGAAUUUGAGGAAACGAUUAGUGAGCUAAGCAAGCAAGAAGCUAAGAAACUAAAGAAAAAAAAUGUCAUGAGCCUGGACCAGUUCAAUGACAUGGUGAAUGCUGGAGAGGAAUUGAAAUUACCACCCCAUGUUACUGAGAAGUGUGUGCAGGAAGUUCCAAAGUCUCCCGGUAAGGAUCCAGGGUUUUUCGACAGAGUUAAAGCUGAGACUAAGAAAGAACUUUUGAAGGAAAAAGUCGUUGACAAGCCCAGGGUACCGCCUCCAAUUAGUAAUGAAGUUAUUACCAGAUUACAAUUUACUGACGCAUUGGAGAGAAAGGACCAGGAGAUAGCAACACUGAAGGAAGAGGUUGUAAACCUCAAACAUGAACUUUACACGGUGAAAUCCAGAAAUAAGAAGCUGUGUAAUAUACUUGGACAAGGAGAGAUGAAAGACAAAGCAGAAGUGUUAAUAGAGGUGGAGCGACUGCGGUCGGUGCAGGCCGAGCUGACUGCAGAGCUGGCUACGCUACACACAGACCUGGAGAAGGAACGCUCCAAGAAUACUGACCCUAGAGCCCAUAAAGACAAGAAAAAUACCACAAAAAAGAAAAACAUUCGUUUCGAUGUUUCGUCAGAAGCUUUACUAGUAAAAGAUUCGAGUUCCGGUACAGGUUAAUCAAAAGAUUUAUACGUAUUUUUAAUAAAAUUUAAAUGUUAUAAAAACCGAAAUAAACGGAAAAAGAUCUGUGAGAUUUUUAUUAUUUGUAUUAUAGUUUAAGAUUAGGUAUUUGGAUUAUGCUAGUAUCAUAUCCUUUUGACAUAUGUAUGACUUUGUUUUAUAAAAAAAACAUAAUUAUUAUGUUAGUAUGUAUGUUUUUCGUACCUACUCUAGGUGUAUAGGUUAAAAGUAAAGAAUACUCAAAUAAUGAUCACCGUUAUUUUAAGAAAUGUCAAUUUAUGUGAAUAAAAAUAUUUUUACGCGGUACUGUGAAGGCAGCCACAUUUUAUGUAUAUGUAUUGUUCUGCUUCUAUACCACACACCAACUCUGAUUCGUCAAAUUUCUUUAAUCGAUUUUCGACGCUAUUGAUUUGUAAUAAACUUUGUUUUAAGAUUUUAUAGAAGUCUCUAAAAUUAUUCUAUCGAUUUUUGACUCUAUGAUUUGUAAUAGAAGUCUGUUUCUAUUCUGUAUUGUAUCUCUUAUUGUCUGGGUAAAGUGAAAAGAGGGUUAUUAUUUUGAUCGACAUGAAGUUUUUCAAUAGAUUCUCAUCUUUGUUACAGAACGAUUAAGUUGCAAGGGGUCUUGUGGAAAGUUAUUGAAUAUUUUCGGAUUUUGAGAAUUCUAGAAUUAUGAAGGGGAAAAAACUCAUUUUAUGUUACUUGAUAUUAGUUACAAGUACUAAGGGAGUAUGAUAUUAGUAGAUAUUAUAACUUGUCAGGACGAUAUUUAAUGCUAUACCUAUUAAUUAUCGCGAAGGCGCAUCUUUUGCGAUAAAGAUGACUUCUUUUUAUUUAAUUAACAGUUUUCGUACAAAUAUCAUACAAUGGCGGACUGAAGUGAGAUCUUAAGUUAUCUAUUAAAAGAAAUUUGACAAAUUAAAGGUUGACCAGCUUCUGUACACUAUGUAAAAUUUUGAUUCUGCGAUAAGCAUUGUAGAUUCGGUUACACAUAUUUGAAGUAUUUGUUUCAUAAUCGCAUUGGUGUACGUUGUACGUAAAUAGAUGUUUGUCGUAGCUCAGACUUAUCUUUAGUACGUGUAAUUAGUUAGACUGCUCAUGUAUCGCUUAGCUGUUAAGUUUCUAGUACAUUCGAGUUAAAAUUUAUUAGCAGUUGCGAUGUGUAGAUCUGACUAAACGAUUAAUUUCAUACCGGGCCUGUUAUGCCUCAUCAUACAAGUGUGGGAGCGCCAUGCUUCGGCACGAAUAGGCCGGCUCGACCAGAGUGAUACCACGACCUCACAGAAAACCGACGUGAAACAA